GCUAAAUUUGAUCGUCGACUCACCUUCCAGAUGAUUUUUUUUUGAUGAAAAUGAUCCGAAGUUGCCCUUUAAAUGUUCAGAUUAAACAAGGAAACAUCAUAGUACAAACGGCCAUUAAAUAUAUGCGGAGCUCGGGUUCGUCAUAGAGAUCAAUAAAGCCACGGUAUAUUUUGGCCUUUGUUUAAAUUUUCGCGUCAAUUCGUUUGAUUCUUUGCUACGAUUGUUCGGGCGAUCAAUUGAAAGCUUCAGAUAUCAGGCUGCUCUUCAUUUCUCAAAACAAAUGAACUGUGUAACAGAAGCCUAAAGGGGAAGAUCGUAAUGGUGGGAUAUAUAUCAGUUAGGGUUUGGAAGAAAAUUCAAGAAGUUAAAACUUAGGGUUUUUCCUCUAUCAGUUUUUUAAUUUGUUCUUCCAAGCAGGAGGAAGCGCUUCCAAUUUGGCAGUUUAUGUGAAGGGAAAGCGAAACAUGCUUUGGUGGCCCAUUUAAUAGAUUUUAUCAGCUGGGGUUUGAAAGUAAAAUUUAGCAGCGAAAACAUACAAAAUAUUUGUUCAUUCAAUUCCUAAGUUUUGGUAAUUUACACGAAGAAGAAGGAUUUGUGCUUCAAUAGCCCAUUUAACAAGAUCAUAGUUGCAAUAACGAGGUUUGACAUGGUUUUCCUUUCUGGCCUGGAUAAAGAUUUUCAUGGCUCAGUGGGUUUUAUCUCGAAUUCAACAUCUUUGGCCUUUUGCAAGCAAGAAGACUGAUGAUUUAAAAGUUUCAGAUGGUCUUGUUGGUGCUCUACUGGUUCCUGAAUCAACAAAACAGUUUGUCUUUGCUCUUCGUGAUCCCGAUUCUCUAUCUGUUGUUUACUUAUUGGCUGCUGAGUCCUUGUCAGAACGGUCUGCAUCAGAUGCUGAAUUCUUGGUUAAGGCUGUCAAACCAAAGGUUGUGAUUGGACAGAUAGGUCCUUCAUCUUUGGAUGAUGUGCGGGCAGAGGAAAGUAAUUUGAGUUCAGACAACGCUUGUUCUGUCCCAACUUCAUUGCUUGGAGUGGUUAAAUGCUGCUUUUUGGAGAAGAUAAAUUGGAGCAAAUAUGAGAGUAGGGCUGGUUCACAAGUCUUGCAAACAAUUUUUGGAACAGGCUUUUAUGGUCAUGUUUUGUCUGCAAAACAAGCAGCAAUAGAAAAUAAUUCUCUAUUCCUUUUCCUUGAAACUCCAUAUAGAAAUGGUCAAGCCAAUAAACUAGAUGCUGUUGAGAGUGAACAGCCUUCCAACCAGAAUGGACAACAUACUAGUGCCUUGACAUCUUUUGCAGAGAUCUCUCAGAGCAGUGCCUUUUUUGGGCAAGUGAAGGCAUUGCAAGGAGAUGUGGUUUUAAAUGUACCUAUGGGAUAUAAGAGGUAUCCUAUGUCAGACUCCCUUCACUCAUCUGUAAAAGCCUUAGCUUCAUCCGUGGCCUUGUCUUUGCAAAAUUCAUUAACGUUGGAUCAAGAAUCACAGGCUGUUUCAAAUGCAAGAUCUGAUUCUUCUACUGCACCAUCUGGGCGUGAUGCAGAUGAUCAAAUUCCUUCUUUUGCACAUUCUUUCUAUUCGUUACUGGUUGAUUUGCACGAGAUGUUUAACAAUCUUCCUGCUGUAGAUAAGGCUUUAGGUUGUGCAAGGAAAAUGCUGGGUGAUGUGGAACAAGGGAAAGAGAUAGAUUGCCAAGUAUUAUCUCAAGUCAACAAGUUUAGGAUUGCAGUGGAGGGGCUCAGAGUUGCUCUGAAUUCAGCAGCACGCACUCCCAUCAAGGAGGAAGAAAAGAACCUUAAAAAUGCCAACUUUGAUGACCUUCCUUAUGAAGAGAAGUGCCAUGUACUUUUUGCUCAAGCUCUGAGAAGACAGGCUCGGCAGUCUGACACAGUAGUUGCUAUUGUUGAUGCUAGUAGCUUGUCUGGAAUCAGAAAGUAUUGGACAAGUCCUGUUCCUGAAGCAAUAGCAGACUUAGCGGAGGAGUGUUUUAUAUCUGGUUAUUCUGAUGAUGAUGCUAAUGGGGAUGAUUCGGAGAGCAGGAGGAGGCUAGUGGACAAACCUGUUAUAGCAGUAGGUGCAGGAGCAGCAACUGUUUUAGGUGUAUCAUCUUUUUCAAAAAUUGUGCCUGUUUCAUCUUUCAUGAAGAUUGUCACUCUUAAAGUUCCAGCUAUCAUGAAACUUGGGCUAUUGCAGACAAAGAGAUCUGCAGCUGCUAUAAUGGGUAACAUUUUUACUCCAGCAAAAUUCCUUGUUCCAGUGUCAAAAAGUGCGAUCCCUGGGAAGUUAGUUUAUGGUUAUGGAGUUAAUGCUUCUGCUACUGUGAAAACAGCAGCUGCAGCAGAGAAACUGAGACUAGCAACUCACAGUAUUAUCGCUUCUGCUGAAAGGUCGAGCUUGUCAGCAAUGAGGACAGCCUUUUAUGGUAUCAUGCGGAAAAGAGUGGGCAGGGCAUCUGGAGCUAGUCCAUGGAUAACCUUUGGGGGCAGCAUUUUGACUUGUGCAGGCCUUUUAGCAUAUGGAGAUGGAAUAGAGUGUGCUGCAGAGUUAGCUCCUGCAAUGCCCACAAUAGCACGUUUAGGACGUGGUCUUGAAAAUCUGCACCAUGCAUCCCAAACUCUACGUCAGAUGGAUUCUGCACGUGCAUGGGAAAAAAUUUACACUUCAUUAGAUAGCCUUCAGAGGGGAAAGUGAUCUGUUCAAGCACAUUCCAGCAUCAGAAUGAAAUAAGGCUUAAUCUGAACUUCAACACCUACAUUUUGUGGUGAGAGGCACAACUUAAUUCAAUUCAUGGAUCUGUGGGACGUAAAAGCUAAAUAGAAAACACACAAGUAUAAUAAACUGGCAUUCCAAGGGCAGUCACAGAAAGUUUGCAAAAUGAAUUAAUAUAGUGUUUCUUCAAUCAAAAAAAAUCUAACAGGAUUGUUAUUGCUGGGAGGUAGCAAGACACCGUUAAAAUAUGCUUUAACUUCAAGCUACACAAUAUUUCUGGCAAUUUGUGCUUUCUCUGCAAGUUUUGGCUGAAUUUUUGUUUGAUCUGCAAGGAACAUUCUUUUUGAUCUUGCUGGAGUUUAAUUUUGCAGGAUUUGUUCCAAUUCAGUUAAUGAAUCUGUAAUUGUGGUACCAGAUGUUUCAUUUAUGCAAUAUUAGUUUGCAUCUUGAGAACGGCUGAUAUGGGAAAUGUUAGGUUUAGCACCUAAUAUUUGAACUGAUAAUGUGGAGAAUAUAAGGAUUAGCACCUAAUAUUCUGGUUUAUUAGACGUGAACUACGCAAUCUGCUUUCUCAUGAGGAUCAAGUACAAAAGAUGAAGUGGAGAAAUUGGAGACGUAAGCACGAGUUACAACUGUAAAUGAUGGUUCAAUCCGGUCAUCCAAACUACCAAGUAGAUAUUAACGAGUGUUAUGUGUGUAUCUGCACCUACACGAUUUAGGAGGAUUUGCUCGCUAAAGUUGAUGGUGUUCGAGAUGGAUGUAUUUUUAUCCAGUGGUAAACAAAGAUAUUCAUCAUAGUUGCCAGGAGAUUGGUACUUUUAUUGGUUCAGCAGAUGGGUAUUGAUGUCUCUCUCUCUCUCUCUCUAUAUAUAUAUAUAUUUAAUGCCCUUAUCUGGAAAAAGACAUCAAGCUUAUGUUGUGAAACAAAAAUGAAGUUUUUUCAACUAAUCAUUUUGCAGCUAA